AGUGGGGGAGGCCCUCUUUUUUGUGACCCCCGGAGUCAGUUAUAUAAGACACAUGAUCGAGUGAAGCCACUCUAAGCAAACAUCCACCGUACACAAACCUGCCACAAGCCGACUGCCUUGCAGCUCUACUGAACUUGGCACACACUGCAGCUCUCCUAUUCUAGGAGGAGGAGGAAGAAAGAAACCGUGCACAUCUCUGUGGGAGAGCUCCAACCGAGACCUGCCCUCAGUCUUAGAGUGGCGCUGAUAUACAAACACAUUCACACAGCCCAUUCACACACACACAAACAGCGCACACAGACACACACGCACACACAGUCACACGCGCAGGAGCAAACAGUAUCUCUCCCUUUCUCUCUGUCGAGCUCACCCACCCUCCCUCUACCUCCCUUCUACACACACUUACACAUUCACACACACACACAUAUACACACACAUACACACCACUACAGUAUAUCAGCUCACGACUAGAGGAGAGACGGAGGGGAGAGCAGAAAUGAAUGUGAAGAUCCUGACGCUGGUGAUUGUGCUGCUGCUUUCUCUGCUGUGUUCAGCCCGUGCUGGUCCAGUGACCUCCACCGAGCAUAGCAAGGAGCUGGAGGAGGUGGGUAGCAUGAGGACUCCUGUGCGUCAGAACGCUGCCCGAGCUGGCCGGAACCAAAGACCCUCCGGCUGGAGGAGGAGGCGCCCUCGACCCCGUCUGUCCCACAAGGGGCCCAUGCCAUUUUAGAUCAAGGCACUGCUUCGAGCGCCCACCCCUUUGGUUCUGAUUUCAAUGCUCUUCCUUUGUCUUAGGGAGGGCCCUGUAACAAGGGGUCUUUCCAGCCCAGCCUGAAGAGUGAUGUCCAUAGCACCUGCUGGUUCUUCAAGAAACUCUUCUUCUGUCCACAAAAUACCAGGACAAGCCACUCACCCUCAGCUCUAUGAAGAAUUGUGGGCCAGGAAUGGGGUGGGGGGGAUAUACAGCCCGAGCUAUCAGAUUCUAUCUCUGUCUUUCCAUCUCUCUCUCUCUCUCUCUCUCUCUCCUCGAGUGUUUUUUCCUCAUUAGCUUUCUAAAGCCCUUUCAUUGCCACACUUUGCAUGACGUGUGAGCACUGAGAAGCCUGGUUCAAAACAAUCUUCAUGCAAAAGUGUCAGUUUUUUCUUCGAGGUGUGCUACCCCAUUCUCUGCUGUGUAAAGAUGCCCUUUGUUCCAGUGCUGUGUCGUGGCAAAUUCUGGUGUGAACAAAUGUCAUAUGGGAGGGAAGUGACAGGGAUGUGAAGGUAAAGGCACUAUUGAAAACUUCAUCACUUUUAUCCACUUCAAUCUUUUGACAUAGGUAACAAUGCUCCAUUUCAUUUUACCUUAUGUCUGAUAAAAGUAGCUAUUAUACAUCUUUUUAUUUUACUUAGUUACCACUGCUGAUUAUAUAAUUACCUCUGAAUUUUGUUGCUUUGCAUUAAAUGAAUAUCAUCAGGUGUCAAGUAAACAACAACAACAAAAAAAAAAACUAUGGUAUAUGGAUUGAUUGCAUUUCAUCAUUUUUGUACUUAAACAACCUUCAUUAAGGAUUAUUGCUCCUAAAGGUUUUGCUAUCCAAAGCGUAUUAUGCAUUACCCUAUAGACACCCAACAUCGCAAGAUUUAAGCCACAGUGUCUCCUUUUAGGAUUGCACUUCUCUACUAACCAUGUGUCAUGUCUGUCGUCCACCCCUACUCUUCACCUCGCCACAGCAGACAUACAUGACUGUUAACUGGCUGGGGCGGCCUGCCCCGCUCAGCAAACCACCUCUCCUUUUAAUGAAGUGCCAAAUAGUAAAUCUGUAAUGCGAUGCUGCCAUGAGAAUGAAAAAAAAAAAAAAAAGAGACAAACAAA